ACUGAAGUUGAAACGCAUCAACGAACACAAAAAAAAAGCAGAGGAAGAAGGAAAAAAAAAAGAUCCCGUUGUUUCUUUCGUGAGAAAGCUUUUCGGAGCAGCAGCAAUGGCGUUGAAGAGUCUCUGGGCUCUUCUGCUCAUAUGUCUUACGGCAUCAUCUGUAGACGACAUUGUUUCAGUCGCGGCGCGGCGUUUGUCUGAUAUUCCAAAGCUCGAAUUCCCACAUUUUCCGGAACUUCCCAAGGUACCGGAACUGAAGAAACCCGAAGUACCAAAGUUGCCGGAGAUUCCGAAGCCGGAACUUCCCAAGGUACCAGAACUGCCGAAACCCGAGGUACCAAAGAUGCCGGAGAUUCCGAAACCGGAACUGCCAAAACCCGAGGUCCCAAAGUUGCCGGAGAUUCCGAAACCAGAGCUUCCCAAGGUACCCGAACUGAAGAAACCCGAGGUGCCAAAGUUGCCGGAGAUUCCGAAACCGGAACUUCCCAAGGUAGCGGAACUGCCCAAACCAGAAGUGCCAAAGUUGCCGGAGAUUCCCAAGGUACCGGAACUGAAGAAAUCCGAAGUACCAAAGUUGCCGGAGAUUCCGAAACCGGAACUGCCAAAACCCGAGGUCCCAAAGUUGCCGGAGAUUCCGAAACCAGAGUUUCCCAAGGUACCCGAACUGAAGAAACCCGAGGUGCCAAUGUUGCCGGAGAUUCCGAAACCUGAACUUCCGAAGGUAGCGGAACUGCCCAAACCAGAAGUGCCAAAGUUGCCGGAGAUUCCCAAGGUACCGGAACUGAAGAAACCCGAAGUACCAAAGUUGCCGGAGAUUCCGAAACCAGAACUUCCCAAGGUACCGGAACUGCCUAAACCCGAGUUGCCAAAGUUGCCGGAGAUUCCGAAACCCGAGCAUGAGAUCCCGAAACUUCCAGAGAUCCCGAAACUCGAAGUACCCAAGUUGCCGGAAUUUCCAAAACCGGAAUUACCAAAAGUGCCGGAGAUUCCCAAAUUACCGGAAUUCCCAAAGCCGGAGAUUCCAAAGAUUCCCGAGAUCCCUAAGCCCGAUACUCUUCCAAAGGACGGCCCAACUCCUUAAAAGCCCAGCAUCACUAGAAACCCUAUUUGUGAUAUUACCCUCAUAGCUCCGUUUAUUUACGGAUAUUACCCUAAUGCGUCGUUUAGUGAGAGUUUUUGGGGGGCCUUGUUCCAUCCAUGAUUCCGUAUGGUUGGUUUUAUGUAUACCCGUAUUACGUUUGUAUUUUUAAUAUAAAGUAUGCUGUAUUUUGUAACGAAUUACAUUUACUUGAAUAGUGCAACACUUGUACUUUCAUUAUUUAUCA